UCUCAGCUACUAAGUGGGUUUGUUUGGGUUUAAAGAGCUGUUUGGUGAUCGGGAAAGACACCAACGACAAAAAUGAGCAUCGUUCACAAAUAAGUAAGAUGAUCUUUCUAUGCUUGUUUCUACUGUGAUUGAAUCGGUCGAGUGGUAACGACGUUGUAGAUUCCCGGGCUGUUGUUUUAUUUGGUUACCUAGCUGCUAGCUGCGUACGUUAACUUAGCUAGCCCGUGACGUUAGCGCAUCAUAUCAUCACCUUGCUGACAGAUUUUGUUAGGUUGAAACGUUAGCGUUCGUUUAACUUAUCCAAGGGACGUCAUUUGAUAUCAAAGUCAGACCACUGGCUCGCUAAUCUUUUGCUAGCGAGGCUUUUUGUCCAUUCAGCCAGCAACAAUAGAAGGCUGCUGCACCAACCAGCCUCCUGGCAGCCAGCCUCCAGGCCCAGACAGCUAGAAAGACAGGCUCUGGUAGUAUUUAUUCAGAAAGACAGUGCUGGAGACAUUUGUCAGUAUUUCUUCCUCUGUGACUGGGUGUGUGUAGGUAGAGCAGAUAGCUUGUCGGGGUCUGUAGUUGUACCAGUGGAGAGAGGGAUGAUGUCAGCGGCAGGAUUCUAGAAGUUAGCUAGCUCCUCCCCUCCUUUUUGUGUGUGUGUGUUGAUUUUGUGUUGAUUGUGUGUGUGUGUUGGUCGUGUGGGUGUUGAUAGUGUGAGUGUGUUUACCUCCAACAGGGUGGGUGUCAGUGUGUUUAUCUCCAACAGGGUGGGUGUGAGUGUGUUUAUCUCCAACAGGGUGGGUGUGAGUGUGUUUAUCUCCAACAGGGUGGGUGUGAGUGUGUUUAUCUCCAACAGGGUGGGUGUCAGUGUGUUUAUCUCCAACAGGGUGGGUGUGAGUGUGUUUAUCUCCAACAGGGUGGGUGUCAGUGUGUUUAUCUCCAACAGGGUGGGUGUGUUUAUCUCCAACAGGGUGGGUGUGUUUAUCUCCAACAGGGUGGGUGUCAGUGUGUUUAUCUCCAACAGGGUGGGUGUGAGUGUGUUUACCUCCAACAGGGUGGGUGUCAGUGUGUUUAUCUCCAACAGGGUGGGUGUGAGUGUGUUUAUCUCCAACAGGGUGGGUGUGGGUGUGUUUAUCUCCAACAGGGUGGGUGUCAGUGUGUUUAUCUCCAACAGGGUGGGUGUCAGUGUGUUUAUCUCCAACAGGGUGGGUGUGUUUAUCUCCAACAGGGUGGGUGUGUUUAUCUCCAACAGGGUGGGUGUGAUGGAGGUCCGUGUGGGCAGCGUGGUGUUUACCUCCAACAGGGUGGGUGUGAUGGAGGUCCGUGUGGGCAGCGUGGUGUUUACCUCCAACAGGGUGGGUGUGAUGGAGGUCCGUGUGGGCAGCGUGGUGUUUACCUCCAACAGGGUGGGUGUGUUUAUCUCCAACAGGGUGGGUGUGAUGGAGGUUCGUGUGGGCAGCGUGGUGUUUACCUCCAACAGGGUGGGUGUGAUGGAGGUUCGUGUGGGCAGCGUGGUGUUUAUCUCCAACAGGGUGGGUGUCAGUGUGUUUAUCUCCAACAGGGUGGGUGUGAGUGUGUUUAUCUCCAACAGGGUGGGUGUGUUUAUCUCCAACAGGGUGGGUGUGAGUGCCAGCCGGCCCCGAGGUUAGGUCAUGGAGGUCCGUGUGGGCAGCGUGGUGUUUUGCUCCAACAGGGUGGGUGUGUUUAUCUCCAACAGGGUGGGUGUGAUGGAGGUCCGUGUGGGCAGCGUGGUGUUUUGCUCCAACAGGGUGGGUGUGUUUAUCUCCAACAGGGUGGGUGUGAUGGAGGUCCGUGUGGGCAGCGUGGUGUUUUGCUCCAUGUUUGACUCUGGAAACCUGGCCCGCGUGGAGAAGGUCGACUCCACAACCCUUAGCAACGCCCCCGACUACGAGUUUAAUGUCUGGACGCGCCCUGACUGUGCCGGGACAGAACACGAGAAUGGAAACAGGUAACCUAGCAACUCACAAACACACACACGAUUGGACAGGUAGAACAAUAUGCCUAACCAAGCAACACACUCCUCUGGGCUCUGCAGUGUACAGCCUCUCACUGUGUGUGUGUUGCAGGUCGUGGUUCUACUUCAGUGUGCGUGGUGCUGUGCCGGGGCGGCUGCUGAAGGUCAAUGUAAUGAAUAUGAACAAGCAGAGUAAACUGUACAACCAGGGAAUGGCUCCUCUAGUCAGGACUGUACCUGGUAGGACACGCUGGGAGAGAGUACGGGACAGACCCACAUACGAGGUACACUCACUAUACACAACCACACACAAACACGCACAAAUAGACAACAAUAACACAUAACCAGACAGAGACCACAAGAGAAAGACACAAGACCACAGAGACACAAACUUACCAGGAGACACGAUCAACAGGGUACCAAAAGACAGAGACCACGUAAGACACAAUAACCAGAAAUACACAUUAGACCACCACUAGAUACACAAGACCGAAAAGACACAAUACCACACAACACAAAUACCACUAUAUACACAGAUACCACGAAUACACAAGCACGACCAAGAUACCACGAAAUACACAGAUACACGGAGAACACAAGACCACGAAAAACAGUAGACCACAGAGACACAAAUACCACGUAAGACACGGGAGACCACGAGAUACAGACAAGAGACCACGAAACACAGGAGACCACGAGAGACACAAGAGACCACGAAUACACAGGAGACCACGAGAACACACAAGAGACCACGAAAACACAGGAACAGAGACACACAAGAGACACUAAAACACAGGGACCACGGAACACACAAGAGACCACGAAAACACAAAGACCACAGAGGACACGUAGACACCACUGAAAGACACAUUAUACCACGAGAACAUACAAUAUACCAUAAAACACAUGAUACCACGAGAUACACACAAUAUGACACUAAAGACACAUAGACCACGAGAUACACAGAACCACGAGAGACACAGGAACCACAGAAAACAGAGACCACUAGAGACACAGGAGACCACGAUGAGACACAGAACCACUGAUAGACACAGAUACCACUAAAUACACAUUAUACCACUAUAUACACAAUAUACCACUAUAUACACAUUAUACCACUAUAUACACAUUAUACCACUAUAUACACAUUAUACCACUAUAUACACACAUACAAACACACACACACACUAUAUUUACAGAUGCAUGGACUAAAUGGAUGGGUUAUUGGUUGUCAAAACGUUUCUUCUCUCCACCUCUCCUCAGAUGGUGGAUAAUCAGUUCAUCCUGUCCUUUACCCAUCGUCUGUUGGAAGUGAAAGGAGCGACCACGUUCUUCUCCUUCUGUUUCCCCUUCUCCUACAGCGAGGGUCAAGACCUGCUGUCACAACUGGACCAGAGAUACCCUGACACAUCCACGCUCACACCCAGGUACACACACACACUGACACACACCAAUCCUCUGGAGUCAGCGUUUUAACCCGCUCCUCUCUCAUGCUUGGGAUCUGGAGUAGCAGUAGCGUCUCGAGAGAUAGAGCGAGGGAGCUGCAGAAGCGCGAGUCUAUCGGUGCAUCGCAUCGAGAAGAGCCCAGAGCGCGCGAGAGAGCAGCGGCUGUGAGAGAUAGCGCGAUCUAGCCUCAAUCGUCGGUCUCUAUCUCUUGGUCUCUCUCUCUAUCUUCUCUCUUCUCCUCUCUGUAACUUAUCUUCUCAUAUCGUCUCUGUCUCUGUCUCUCUGUCUCUGUCGCAUCUCUCUCUCUCCUCCCCCUCUCUCUCUCUCUCUCCCCCUCUCUGUCACUCUCCUCUCUGUCUCUGUCUCCUGUCCUGGUCGCCUUCCUCUCCUCUGCUCUCUCUCGUCCUGCUUGUCACUUCUCUCUCUCUUCUCUUUCUGUCUCUAUUCGAUGCUCUGUCUGUUCGCUGUCCCUCUCAUCUCGCACCCACGUCUAUUUCUGUCUCUCGUCUCUCCUCACUUUCUCGUUCUCUUACUCUCUCUUCACUCGCUAUCUCUCUCUCCUCUCUCAUGCUCGGCGGAGGAUGGCAAGAGAGCGAGAGCGAUGCUCUUCAUGCUCAUCUCUCUCUCUCGCUCUCUCUUUCAUUCCUAGUGCUAAGUCUCGGCUCUCUCCCCCUCCAGUUCUGGUGACAGUUGUGUACUACCACAGGGAGGUGUUGUGUAAUUCUCUGGAUGGUAACAGAGUGGAUCUGCUGACUAUCACCAGCUGUCUUGGAAUGCAGGAAGAGAGAGAACACCGCCUGGACAAACUGUUUCCUGAUACAGAGACUCCACGACCUCAUCGCUUCACUGGAAAACAGGUGACACACACGUACACACUCACGUACACACACACACACACACAGUCACGUACACACACACAAAAUGCCCUGACCACAGGGUGAUGUUUAAUCAGUAAGGUUUUGUCUAUUGAUAAUAAUGUGGUGUGUGUGUGUGUGUGUGUGUGUGUGUGUGUGUGUGUGUGUGUGUGUAGGUGUUUUUCCUCAGUAGUCGUGUACAUCCGGGGGAGACGCCGUCGUCGUUUGUGUUUAAGGGUUUUUUAAACUUCAUCCUGCGCCAUGACGACCCCAGAGCUCACACACUCCGCAACAUGUUUGUCUUCAAACUCAUUCCCAUGCUCAACCCUGACGGGGUGAUCCGGGGACACUACAGGUAAAGCAUGCACACUCAACAUUACUGUGCUUUUUGGAAGAAAAUACAACCUUUUUUUUGUCUCACUGUCUCCCUCUCCAACUGUCUCCCUCUCCAACUCUCCCCCUCGCUCACUGUCUCCCUCGCUCACUGUCACUGUCUCCCUCUCUCACUGUCUCCCUCUCUCACUGUCUUCCUCUCUCACUGUCUCCCUCUCUCACUGUCUCCCUCUCUCACUGUCUUCCUCUCUCACUGUCUCCCUCUCUCACUGCCUCCCUCUCUCACUGUGUCCCUUUCACUGUCUCACUGUCUCCCUCUCUCACUGUAUGUCUCACUGUCUAACUGUCUCACUGUCUCCAAAUCACUGUCUCCCUCUCUCACUGUCAAACUGUCUCCCUCUCUUACUGUCUGUCUCCCUCUCUCACUGUCUCUCUCCCCCUCUCACUAACUGUCUCCCUCCCUCUCUCACUGUCUCCCUUUCUCACUGUGUCCCGUUCUCACUGUCUCACUUUCUCCCUCUCUCACUGUCUCACUGUCUCCGUCUCUCACUGUCUCCCUUUCUCACUGUGUCCCGUUCUCACUGUCUCACUGUCUCCCUCUCUCACUGUCUCCCUCUCUCACUGUCUCCGUCUCUCACUGUGUCCCUUUCUCACUGUGUCCCUUUCUCACUGUCUCCCUCUCUCACGGUCUCCCUCUCUCCCUCUCUCACUGUCUGUCUCCCUCUCUCACUGUCUGUCUCCCUCUCUCACUGUCUGUCUCCCUCUCUCACUGUCUGUCUCCCUCUCUCACUGACUCUGUCUCCCUCUCUCACUGUCUCCCUCUCUCACUCUCUCACUGUCUGUCUCCCUCUCUCACUGUCUGUCUCCCUCUCUCACUGACUCUGUCUCCCUCUCUCACUGUCUCCCUCUCUCACUCUCUCACUGUCUGUCUCCCUCUCUCACUGUCUGUCUCCCUCUCUCACUGACUCUGUCUCUCUCUCUCUCACUGUCUCCCUCUCUCUCACUGUCUCCCUCUCUCACUGUCUGUCUCACUCUCUCACUGUCUGUCUCCCUCUCUCACUGUCUCUCUCUCUCACUGUCUCACUCUCUUAAUCCCUCCCUCCCUCCCCAGGACUGACUCUAGAGGGGUGAAUCUGAACAGACAGUAUCUGAGCCCUAGUCCUGAUCUCCACCCCUCCAUCUACGCUGCUAAAACACUGCUGCUCUACCACCACACACACAACCGCACCACACACACACACUCCAACACGCACAGCAACACACACCACAACACACACUCUAACACACACACCUACAUCCCACCUCAAGCCCCUCCCCUCAGCACCAAACCCAACUAUCAGAGCCCUGCCCCACCCCUCACCCCUCUGGAACUCAGCCUCAACCAACGGAACGCUGAUAAAGACUCUAACCCCGCCCCCUCAGAGAUCACCAUGGUUAUGGAGGAGAACACCUGGGUAACCACGGAGACCGGGAAGAGGGAGGGGCAGGGGGAUGGAAGGCGCUGUGAAGAUGAGAAUGAUUCGCAGAGCGUCUCAGAGUCCACACCCACAUCAGUACCUCUGGAGCUGGUAGUCACAGCCGGGGAACCAAUCCCUGCGCAGGAGGGGGGAGUGGCCUAUUACGUGGACCUGCAUGGCCACGCUUCCAAACGCGGCUGCUUCAUGUACGGCAACAGCCUAUCAGACGAAAACCAGCAGGUGAGAGAGAGAGGGGGGGAGGGAGAGGGAGACUUGGGGAGAGAGCUGGGGAGGGGCAAAUGGAGACUUGGAGAGGGAGACUUGGGGAGAGAGAGAGAGACUUGGGGAGAGAGAGGGGGAGACUUGGAGGGAGAGAGAGAGAGACUUGGGGAGACUUGGAGAGGGAGACUUGGAGGGAGAGAGAGAGCGGGAGACUUGGAGAGGGAGGGAGAGAGGCAGGGAGAAACAGAAUGUAAAAUUGUUGCGGGGGAAGUUUGAGAGAGAGGGGGAGGGAGGGAAGUUGGUUGGUUGAAUUGUUGCAGGGGUAGUUUGCUGUGAAACCGUGUCUGAAAUUUGAAGACUCCUGUUAGCUCCAAGGACUCUCUAGGCUUCAGCUCAGUGGGCUUACAUGGUCUUGUUUUUUGCAACUCUUUUUAUUGGUAUUUUUUUCACAGUUACUGUAAACAAUGCUUAAAAUACAGUACAUUGCACAUGUGAUUUUAUACAUUCGAUAUAGCAUGGGAACAUGCUUUUUGAAUGAGGUAGGAAUGUAUAUGAUCAUUCGAAAAUAUAAAAUACUUAAGUAAUACUUUCAUAACAAAACAAACAUUAGAAACAACAAAGUGCCCCCAAAAACCAAAACAUGGCCAGUCUUAAAAAGCAAUAGAACAAUUAUAAUAAUAAGACUGGUUAAUAUUAAACGCUCUAUUAAAUACAAAGCUCGGCUAGACAGUUUAAUUUAGAGUGUCUCUACAUUUACAUGUAGAGUAUACAUGUUACAUGUUAGUAUACAUGUUAGUCAGUUACUCCUGAGUGGCGCAGGGGUCUAAGGCGCUGCAUCGCAGUGCUAACUGUGCCACUAGAGAUCCUGGUUCGAAUCCAGGCUCUGUCGCAGCCGGCCGCGACCGGGAGACUCAUGGGCGGCGCACAAUUGGCCCAGCGUCGUCCAGGAUAGGAGAGGGAAUGGCCGGCAGGGAUGUAGCUCAGUUGGUAGAGCAUGGCGUUUGUGGGUUCGAUUCCCACGGGGGGCCAGUAUAAAAAAAUUAUUAUAAUGUAUUCACUAACUGUAAGUCGCUCUGGAUAAGAGCGUCUGCUAAAUGACUAAAAUGUAAAAUGUAACUCCUAUUACUAGCCUGUUCAACCUCUCUUUCAUAACGUCUGAGAUCCCCAGUGAUUGGAAAGCUGCCGCGGUCAUCCCCCUCUUCAAAGGGGGUGACACUCUAGAUCCAAACUGUUACAGACCUACAGUGGGGAAAAAAAGUAUUUAGUCAGCCACCAAUUGUGCAAGUUCUCCCACUUAAAAAGAUGAGAGAGGCCUGUAAGCAUUUCAAGGUCCUGGAGUGGCCUAGCCAGUCUCCAGAUCUCAACCCCAUAGAAAAUCUUUGGAGGGAGUUGAAAGUCUGUGUUGCCCAGCGACAGCCCCAAAACAUCACUGCUCUAGAGGAGAUCUGCAUGGAGGAAUGGGCCAAAAUACCAGCAACAGUGUGUGAAAACCUUGUGAAGACUUACAGAAAACGUUUGACCUGUGUCAUUGCCAACAAAGGGUAUAUAACAAAGUAUUGAGAAACUUUUGUUAUUGACCAAAUACUUAUUUUCCACCAUAAUUUGCAAAUAAAUUCAUUGAAAAUCCUACAAUGUGAUUUUCUGGAUUUUUUUUCCCUCAUUUUGUCUGUCAUAGUUGACGUGUACCUAUGAUGAAAAUUACAGGCCUCUCUCAUCUUUUUAAGUGGGAGAACUUGCACAAUUGGUGGCUGACUAAAUACUUUUUUCCCCCACAGUAUAUGUCUCUUUUGAGGCCAUCCAAAGCUUCUGUGAACUUCCUCAAACUAAGGGCAGCGUCCUGGCAAUCGCUGUCCUCCUCCCGCCCUGACAAGUUGCUUGCCGGGGUUGCUCGUCCAGGCAAGCCUGGGGCUUGGGGCCUCCUUUGGGAGGGUCUCUUUUAGAGCGAGUGUCUCCAUUUUUCAGGGAUUUGUGGAACAGUGAAGCGUCAGAUUAUGUUUAGGAAAUGAAGCUCAGCAAUAGAAGUCAAGUUGUAGACUAGACUGAGGUUUUAAAUAACAGACAUAUGACCGUUUACUCAGUUAGCGGGUGUGCUAGCUUGCUGACGACCGUUUACUCAGUUAGCGGGUGUGCUAGCUGGCUGACGACCGUUUACUCAGUAAGCGGGUGUGCUAGCUGGCUGACGACCGUUUACUCAGUAAGCGGGUGUGCUAGCUGGCUGACGACCGUUUACUCAGUAAGCGGGUGUGCUAGCUUGCUGACGACCGUUUACUCAGUUAGCGGGUGUGCUAGCUGGCUGACGACCGUUUACUCAGUAAGCGGGUGUGCUAGCUGGCUGACGACCGUUUACUCAGUUAGCGGGUGUGCUAGCUGGCUGACGACCGUUUACUCAGUUAGCGGGUGUGCUAGCUUGCUGACGACAGUUCAGCAGUUGAAUGUGCCCUUCUUAUUUCAAGUCGCGUUUACAGCGAUUAUAUGACUUCUUUCACUGUUACGAAGAGAAAAGAGAUGAAAAACCUUGCUUCGGAUAUUCUGCAGACCAAGGCAACCGAAACUGUGUCAGAAGCAGACAAAUGCCCGCCUCUCCUGUUGGUAGCUCGUUCAGGAAAAUCCAAGGCUUUGCUGCGGCCUACUUCAGCAAUCUUCCAUUCAGCAAAUUCACGGCCAUUUUUAAUGUUCGGAAGAGCAACGAGAUAUGAAACUAUGUAAGCAAUACUUAGUAAAGCGAAAUUAAUUAAACAAUAAAUUAAACUGUGCACUAAAUUUAAAUAAAGUUUGACACAACUUGGCGGAUCUCCGGGAAACGUGCGUUAAGUCAUUCGUGCCCCCGGAAAUCCCCUACAUGGUCUUGUUUGAUACCUUAAUGCUGACGUGUGUGUUUGUGUUUGUGUGUGUGUGUGUGUGUGUGUGUGUGUGGUGUGUGUGUGUGUGUGUGUGUAUCUGUGUGUAGGUGGAGAACAUGUUGUACCCUAAGCUGAUAGCUGUGAACUCCGCCCACUUUGACUUCCAUGGGUGUAACUUCUCUGAGAAGAACAUGUACGCCCGCGACAGGAGAGAUGGGCAGAGCAAAGAGGGCAGCGGACGCGUGGCCAUGCACAAAGCUAUAGGACUACUACACAGGUAAUAUCACCGCACACAAAGCUAUAGGACUACUACACAGGUAAUAUCACCGCACACAAAGCUAUAGGACUACUACACAGGUAAUAUCACCACACACAAAGCUAUAGGACUACUACACAGGUAAUAUCACCGCACACAAAGCUAUAGGACUACUACACAGGUAAUAUCACCACACACAAAGCUAUAGGACUACUACACAGGUAAUAUCACCACACACAAAGCUAUAGGACUACUACACAGGUAAUAUCACCACACACAAAGCUAUAGGACUACUACACAGGUAAUAUCACCGCACACAAAGCUAUAGGACUACUACACAGGUAAUAUCACCACACACAAAGCUAUAGGACUACUACACAGGUAAUAUCACCACACACAAAGCUAUAGGACUACUACACAGGUAAUAUCACCACACACAAAGCUAUAGGACUACUACACAGGUAAUAUCACCGGACACAAAGCUAUAGGACUACUACACAGGUAAUAUCACCGGACACAAAGCUAUAGGACUACUACACAGGUAAUAUCACCACACACAAAGCUGUUUGUGUCAUCCAACAAAUGUAAAUGCCUGGAGUUUGCUUAAUGUCAUUGGUAAUUGGAUUGGAGCCGGUGCUAUGAUCAGAUGACAAAUAGAUGUCUUUGGCGACUCACACCAGUGCUGGGUUUGGAUGUUAUAAGCAGAACAGAAGCUACUGUAAAUUAUAGUAGUGGAGCUUUGAUGUUAUGGGGCUGUUUUGCUUCCACUGGUCCAGGGGCCCUUGUUAAGGUCAACGGCAUCAUGAGCUUUACCCAGUACCGGGACAUUUUAGGCCAAAACCUGGUUGCCUUUGCCAGGAGGCUGAAACCUGGCCUUUAGUGGAUCUUCCAGCAAGACGAUAACCCCAUUGAAAACCUGUGAUUUGAAUUGAAGAGGGCAGUCCAUAUGCACAGAUGAAGGAAAUCAAGGAGCUGGAAAGAUUCUGUAUGGAGGAAUGGUUUAAGAUCCCUCCUAAUGUGUUCUCCAAUCUCAUAAAACAUUUUAGAAAUAGGCUCAGUGCCGUUAUCCUCGCAUGGGGAGGGGGCUAGAGUAUUGAAAACGGGCAAUAACUUUGACCCCUAUCUUUUUGAGAGAGAGAAUUCGUUUUUUUUUUACACUAUAGCUCAGUAUUUGAAUUAUUUAUUUUAUACAGUCUUUUAUGCUCAUGUUUAUCAAGGGUGACAAUUUUGGUCAUGUCUGUAUAUAUAUUAUGCUUAUAAGCUGAGUGUACAAAACAUUAAGAACACCUGCUCUUUCCAUGACAUAGACUGACCAGGUGAAUCCAGGUGAAAGCUACUAUCCCUUAUUAAUGUCACUUGUUAAAUCCACUUCAAUCAGUGUAGAUGAAGGGGAGGAGACAGGUUAAAGAAGGAUUUGUAAGCCUUGAGACAAUUGAGACGUGGAUUAUGUAUGUCUGCCAUUCAGAGGGUGAAUGGGCGAGACAAAAUAUUUAAGUGUCUUUGAACGGGGUAUGGUAGUAGGUGCCAGGCGAACAGGAUUGAGUGUGUCAAGAACUGCAACGCUGCUGGGUUUUUCACGCUCAACAGUUUCCGUGUGUGUCAAGAAUGGUCCACCAUCCAAAGGACAUCCAGCCAACUUGACACAAUUGUGGGAAGCAUUGGAGUCAACAUGGGCCAGCAUUCCUGUGGAACGUUUUCGACACAUUGUAGCGCCUAUGCCCUGACAAAUUGAGGCUGCUCUGAGGACAUUAGGAAGGUGUUCUUAAUGUUUUGUAAACUCAGUGUAUAUCAAAAAACACAAAUCUAAUUUAUUGGUCACAUAGACAUGUUUAGCAGAUGUUAUUGCGAGUGUAGUGAAAUGCUUGUGCUUCUAGUUCCGACAGGGCAGUAAUAUCUAACAGAUACACAACAAAUACCUAAUACGCACAAAUCUAAGUAAAGGCACACCUGUUACAGUGGCUUGCGAAAGUAUUCACCCCCCUUGGCAUUUUUCCUAUUUUGUUGCCUUACAACCUGGAAUUAAAAUAUAUUUUUGGGGGGUUUGUAUCAUUUGAUUUACACAACAUGCCUACCACUUUGAAGAUGCAAAAUAUUUUUUUGUGUGAAACAAACAAGAAAUAAGACAAAAAAACAGAACUUGAGCGUGCAUAACUAUUCACCCCCCCAAAGUCAAAACUUUGUAGAGCCACCUUUUGCAGCAAUUACAGCUGCAAGUCUCUUGGGGUAUGUCUCUAUAAGCUUGGCACAUCUAGCCACUGGGAUUUUUGCCCAUUCUUCAAGGCAAAACUGCUCCAGCUCCUUCAAGUUGGAUGGGUUCCGCUGGUGUACAGCAAUCUUUAAGUCAUACCACAGAUUCUCAAUUGGAUUGAGGUCUGGGCUUUGACUAGGCCAUUCCAAGACAUUUAAAUGUUUCCCCUUAAACCACUCAAGUGUUGCUUUAGCAGUAUGCUUAGGGUCAUUGUCCUGCUGGAAGGUGAAUCUCCGUCCCAGUCUCAAAUCUCUGGAAGACUGAAACAGGUUUCCCUCAAGAAUUUCCCAGUAUUUAGCGCCAUCCAUCAUUCCUUCAAUUCUGACCUGUUUCCCAGUCCCUGCCGAUGGAAAAACAUCCCCACAGCAUGAUGCUGCCACCACCAUGCUUCACUGUGGGGAUGGUGUUCUCGGGGUGAUGAGAGGUGUUGGGUUUGCGCCAGACAUAGUGUUUUCCUUGAUGGCCAAAAGGCUCAAUUUUAGUCUCAUCUGACCAGAGUACCUUCUUCCAUAUGUUUGGGGAGUCUCCCACAUGCCUUUUGGCGAACACCAAGCGUGUUUGCUAAUUUUUUUCUUUAAGCAAUGGCUUUUUCUGGCCACUCUUCCUUAAAGCCCAACUCUGUGGAGUGUACGGCUUAAAGUGGUCCUAUGGACAGAUACUCCAAUAUCCGCUAUGGAGCUUUGCAGCUCCUUCAGGGUUAUCUUUGGUCUCUUUGUUGCCUCUGAUUAAUGCCCUCCUUGCCUGGUCCGUGAGUUUUGGCGGGCGGCCCUCUCUUGGCAGGUUUGUUGUGGUGCCAUAUUCUUUCCAUUUUUUUUUAUAAUGGAUGUAAAGGUGCUCCGUGGGAUGUUCAAAGUUUCUGAUAUUUUUUUAUAACCCAACCCUGAUCUGUACUUCUCCACAACUUUGUCCCUGACCUGUUUGGAGAGCUCCUUGGUCUUCAUGGUGCCGCUUGCUUGGUGGUGCCCCUUGCUUAGUGGUGUUGCAGACUCUGGGGCCUUUCAGAACAGGUGUAUAUAUACUGAGAUCAUGUGACACUUAGAUUGCACACAGGUGGACUUUAUUUAAACUGGAUAAACUGGACUUCCUGACGGGCCGCCCCCAGGUGGUAAGGGUAGGUAACAACACAUUUCACUUCACCAAUUUGGACUAUUUUGUGUAUGUCCAUUAUGAAAUCCAAAUAAAAAUCAAUUUAAAUCACAGUUUGCACUGCAACAAAUUAUAAAAAAUGCCAAGGGGGAUGAAUACUUUUGCAAGGUGCUGUAAUUAAAAUGUUACAGCUAUAUGUUGCAGUGAAACUGUGUUUAUACAGUCUAAAUAGAGAUAUGUAGAGAGAACAGCCAUAAUGACCAACGUUAUGUUUGGAGGAAUAAGGGGGAUGCUUGCAAGCCGAAGAACACCAUCCCAACCGUGAAGCACGGGGGUGGCAGCAUCAUGCUGUGGGGGUGCUUUGCUGCAGGAGGGACUGGUGCACUUCACAAAAUAGAUGGCAUCAUGAGGAAGGAAAAUUAUGUGGAUAUAUUGAAGCAACAUCUCAAGACAUCAGUCAGGAAGUUAAAGCUUGGUCGCAAAUGGGUCUUCCAAAUGGACAAUGACCCCAAGCAUACUUCCAAAGUUGUGGCAAAAUGGCUUAAGGACAACAAAGUCAAGGUAUUGGAGUGGCCAUCACAAAGCCCUGACCUCAAUCCUAUAGACAAUUUGUGGGCAGAACUGAAAAAGCGUGUGCGAGCAAGGAGGCCUACAAACCUGACUCAGUUACACCAGCUCUGUCAGGAGGAAUGGGCCAAAAUUCACCCAACUUAUUGUGGGACGCUUGUGGAAGGCUACCCAAAACGUUUGACCCAAGUUAAACAACUUAAAGGCAAUGCUACCAAAUACUAAUUGAGUGUAUGUAAACUUUUGACCCACUGGGAAUGUGAUGAAAGAAAUAAAAGCUGAAAUAAAUCAUUCUCUCUACUAUUAUUCUGACAUUUCUCAUUCUUAAAAUAAAGUGGUGAUCCUAACUGACCUAAAACAGGGAAUUUCUACUAGGAUUAAAUGUCAGGAAUUGUGGAAAACAGAGUUUAAAUGUAUUUGGCUAAGGUGUAUGUAAACUUCCGACUUCAACUGUAUAUAUAUUAUGGUUAUAUAUUACAGCUAUACGUUGGAGUGUAACUACAACACAGGGAGGACAGUCAACACCAUCCCUCCUGCCUGCCAUGACAACGGACGAGCCACACCUCCUCCCCCUCCAGCAUUCCCCCCCAAAUAUACCCCCGAGAUAUUCGAACAGGUACAUAUGCACACGCACAGAGACGGACGCACAGAGACGGACGCACAGAGACGGACGCACAGAGACGGACGCACAGAGACGGACGGACAGAGACGGACGGACAGAGACGGACGCACAGAGACGGACGGACGGGCAGAGACGGACGGAACGAGAUGGACGGACAGAGACCAACUGACCGAGACCGACACUGACCGACAGAGACCGACUGACACUGACACUGACCGACAGACACUGACACUGACCGACAGACACUGACACUGACCGACAGACACUGACACUGACCGACAGACACUGACACUGACCGACAGACACUGACACUGACCGACAGACACUGACCGACAGACACUGACCGACAGACACUGACACUGACCGACAGACACUGACCGACAGACACUGACCGACAGACACUGACACUGACCGACAGACACUGACACUGACCGACUGACACUGACACUGACCGACAGACACUGACACUGACCGACAGACACUGACCGACUGACACUGACACUGACCGACAGACACUGACACUGACCGACAGACACUGACACUGACCGACAGACACUGACACUGACCGACAGACACUGACACUGACCGACAGUGUACCCCCGAGAUAUUCGAACAGGUACAUAUGCACACGCACAGAGACGGACGCACAGAGACGGACGCACAGAGACGGACGGACAGAGACGGACGGACGGACAGAGACGGACGGACGGACAGAGACGGACGGACAGAGACGGAUGGACCGACAGAGACCAACUGACAGAGACCGACACUGACCGACAGAGACCGACCGACACUGACCGACAGAGACUGACCGACAGACACUGACAGACACUGACAGACACUGACGGACACUGACGGAGACUGACGGAGACUGACAGAGACUGACAGAGACUGACAGAGACUGACAGAGACUGACAGAGACUGACAGAGACUGACAGAGACGGACAGAGACGGACAGAGACGGACAGAGACGGACAGAGACGGACAGAGACACACGACACGCAGGAGUAGGGUUGAUUUGAGCGUUCUGACCUCACAACGGCAGUCAUGGACCCAAGCUAACUUGCUAACGUUGACUAGCUUGCAAGCUACUUCCAGACACACAUGAGAGAACAGCUCACUCUGACCAUUUUACUCACCCUAGCAGAGCUGGUUAGGCUGUUUUCAUGUUAUCCAGAGCAUUGGUGACUGUAACUGUGCUGCUGGCAACAAUUUAAUGGUGCUUUUUUGCCAACGUUUACUGACACCUGCCAUAUUCAACGGGUGUUGAGUGUUCGUAAAUUCAUCAGUUAUUCUGCGCCCUUUGCACACUCAGAUGAGAGUGCUCUGAAAUCAGAGUAGAUAGCCAGAGUGAAUUUACGAACGCACCCCAGAGCAGCUAACUAUAUGUGUGUGUCUAGGUGGGGCGUGCGGUUGCCAUAGCAGCCCUGGACAUGGCUGACUGCAACCCGUGGCCACGUCUCGUCCUUUCAGAACACAGCAGCUUGACCAACCUCCGCGCCUGGACUCUCAAACACGUCCGCAACAGCAAGGGCCUCAACACACACUCUAGUGGGAGCAAGGGAUCACCACCCAAGAGCUUCAGCACGUAAGAACACCUCUGUUUUCCUGUUGUUACUGGAGUCACACUGCUACUGUUAUCAUCAUAUCACUACGCUGAAGUACUAAGCAUUAAUGUCUCGGUGUGUGUGUGUGUGUGUGUGUGUGUGUAGGUCUCUGAGUCGUGUUCGUUGUAACAGCCAUAGCAGUAGCAGCCAGACACCGUCCCCUCAGAUACACACCGCUCACGUAGCGUAACCUUCGGCUCACGCAAAACCAAACACACCAACACACACACCAAAACACACACUCAACACACAAAAAAACAAAAAAACAAAAACAAAACACCACAAACAACGGGGGGCGGGGGAACAAGAUCAAUCGGAACUGGCCAAGGUAAGAAUAUUUGAUGUGCCUAUCUCUCGAGAGAAAGAGAGAAGAGAGAGAGAGAGAAGAGAGAGAGGGAGGAGAGAAGCGAGAAAGAGAGGAGAAGAGAGGAGAGAGAGCAGAGGAGAGAGAAGGAGGAGAGAGAAGAGAGAGAGAGAGAGAGAGAGGGAGAAAGCGGGAAGAGAGAGAGGAGCGAAAGAGGAGAAGUGAUAUCCGGUAGCUCUCAGAAGAUCAGAUCUAGCUAAUAGCGAGCACUCUCUCUCUCUCUAGCUCUCUCUCCUCUCUCUCCUCUCUCUCUCUCUCUAGCUCUCACUUGUUCUCUCUCUCUCUCUCCCCCCCUCUCUCUCUCUCUCUCUCUCUCUCUCUCUCUCUCCUCUCUUGCUCUCACUUGUUCUUUCUCUCUCUGUUAUGAAGCCUUAUGAAUGCUGUAUGUAGGACUAUGUCUGCUGGUAUUGACAUGGAUGUGGUAGUGGUUGAUGCAUCAAAGCAGAUGUGUGCAUGGCAGGGCUCUCCAACCCUGUUCCUGGAGAGAUAUCUUCCUCUUGUUUUUAACUCCAACCCUGUUCCUGGAGAGAUAUCCUCCUGUAGGUUUUAACACCAACCCUGUUCCUGGAGAGAUAUCUUCCUCUUGUUUUUAACUCCAACCCUGCUCCUGGAGAGAUAUCCUCCUGUAGGAACAGGGUUGGAGACUCCUGGUGUAUGACCCCUGUAUGAACAGGGUUGGAGGCCCCUGGUGUAUGGUAUCAUCCAAAAUGCCACCCUGUUGUGCACUAUGGGCUAUGGUCACUACUGUGUAGGAAAUGGAAACUAGGUGCUGUCAGGUGGAUAUUGGAAUAGGGCUCCACUAGAAACUAGGUGUGUUCUGCUGUCAGGUGGAUAUUGUUUCUAUACUGGAAGAGAAUGAGGCUGAUGAUGUCAGAGCAGGAAAUCUUACAUCGGCUGUGAUUGGCUGAGCCCUGUUGGGUUGUGUGUAUCCUGCCUGUGUUAGAACCGUGUGUGUGUGUGUGUCUCUGUAGACUCUAAAACUCAGGAGAAGAGACGUCCCCCCCACCACCACCGCUCCGUCCUUCGGUCGUCUCCAAGCAACAGCCACCCCCCCACCCCAGCCCGGCCCCCGCCAUCCCCCACCUCCUCCUCUUCCUCCUCCUCGUCCUCCUCGGUGGCGUCCUGUCCUCUUCCAGGUCUGUACUCCCUCCAGACGCAGAGCCUGUCCGCCUUGCUGCCCUCACUGCCCAGGCCUGGG